AACUAUGGCAACCACUCACAGUGGUUUCGAAUUCUACACCGUGCGCACACCAAAUCGAAGUAGCUCGGAAAUAGCUCAAUUGAUGUUCGGUUGACCGUUUCGGUUUUGAAUUGUAAGGAAAUAUCCAGCACUGACUACAUAUGUACACGUAUAUACAGAUAUACUCCUACAUAUAAUAUUUACAUACGCAUAUAUGAAUGUACCUGAGUACAGAUCUAGUAAAGUGUAAACUUGUGAGCGGCACAAAACCGAAUUAAUUAGCAUUGCAAUUAACAUAGCAAACUGAGUAGAUUCAAAAAUGAGCGGUAGAGAACUCGAUAAACAACAAUUUCAAAUCGUGGAACAAAGUGAGCCUUUGUUGGCAAAUCGACAAAAUGCGCGACAGGCGAGCACUGAAAGCGAAAGCAGUAUUCCGUAUAUGGACAGACUAAAUGAUUCCAGCGAGUCAAGCGAUACCAGUAGUUUCGUAUCAACCACCAGUGAUAAUGUUAGUAAAAAUAAAACGACCGAAAGUAAAAACGCGAUACUCGGUCCCACAGGCAGAAGGAAUGUUCACAUGCCGAUCAUUGUUCAGGUGGAUGAAAAGGAUCAUCGCUAUGUAACGGAGGGUACGAACGACUCAACAGAUUCUCCAGAAAUUUUAGCCAACGUGGAGCCGAUGGGAAGGAAUUUGCGGCGCAAUUCUAUAUCUCUCCCGAUGGGUAUCGAUGCCGUUGAUCUCGAAGGUUUGCGUUUAAAAUAUCAAAUGCAGGAUCAAGAUGCACUCAGCGAAGAGGAAAAGAGUGAGAGCCGAAGUGAAAGUAUAAACGAUGAUAGCUGCGGUUCGGUCACUCUGAAUGUGCCAGAAAUAAGCAAUUCUACAAUAAACCAGAACGAAGACGACAGUGAUGAUGAGGAAUACAGUGGUGGACGUCGAAAAUAUCGUGAUCCAUUUCGGAGUCGGCGUCGAGCUUCGAUCGCGCCUCUACCAGCUUUACGCCUCAACAGCAAAGAGAUGCUCGCCAGCGACUUCGACACGCACAGCUUAGCCAGCAACCAAGCGUCCAUCACUAGCGUCAAUUCGUUAGCGAGCUUAUUGCGGGAAAAGAUGAAUGCAUUCCCCCAAAUGAUUAGGAAAAAGAAACGUGAAACCAAGGAUUAUAAAAUCAAGAUUUUUGUAACAAUACUUUUCUUCAUCAUUGUCUUCUUGAUCGGGUAUUCCUAUAUUACAUAUCAUCGGGAGAUUUUAACUCGUUCGUAUUUCGAAAAGAUCAAGUUCAGUUCACUCGAUCGUACAUUCAGUAUUCUCAGUCACGAAGACAAAGAGGUAAUAAAAGGAAAAUUAGGGCUCACCAUCAGUUCGGACAGCGUACCAUUUUAUUGUUUGGAAGAUCAACGUAAAAAUGAUGGCAGCGUUUGUCUGGAGUGGAACGGCGUAGCUCGACUUUAUAUGAAUUUUCAAAACAUGAAUGUAUUCCGAUGCUAUAAUAUUCAGUGGCAAGCCUUGGGACCGGGUAUUUAUCCAACGGAUUGUUAUGAAUUAAAGCGAGAUAAUGGCAUCUGGUUCGGUGGUGGCUUCACAAAGGGUAUGGAAUGGUCUUUAAGUUCGGCGAAUUUCGAUUAUGCUCCAUUCGGUAGUGGGGAUGGAAAAGUUCAUCAGUUCGGCAAUGGCGUGAAACGUUAUUUCAUUAACUCAAUUGGCGUAGCAAUGCAGGUCGACGAUCAUACACCGCUCCAUAUAUCUGUUAACCAAACGGAAAAUAGAUUCUGUCUUCGGGCACGCAAUGAUAAUUUCACAUUCGUUAAUCACCUAACGGAAUAUCCAGAGCUGACAUAUAAAAUUUGCACUACCGAAGAUAUGCGCAGUCUGCAUAUGCUAAUGACACAGCAGAGUCUGUGGGACGGCUUAAAAGAAUCUGACAUCUAUACUUUGCAUUCGUUGAUCGAAGAGCCUGUUUGGAAAAUACCCUUCCAAAGUGAAGUGACUUCAAUAAACGAAACUACCAUAUAUAAUUAUUCUGAAGAUGUGAUAGCCAUGGGUUUCAUGCGUUUGGGUCACAUUUUAGUUAAUGAAUUUUGGCAAAGAAAUAUUGGCGAUUUUGUUGUUGAUCAAGAACGUUUCCCCACCCUUAAGGAUACAAUUGAAGUACUUCAUCGUCGUGGCUUUAAGGUGGUUUUUACAAUACAGCCAUUUAUCAGCACAGACAGUCCGAAUUUUAAAGAUGCUGUUAAAAACAAGUUGCUCAUCUAUGAACGACAUUCGGAUCGAAGUAUUCCGGCACUAACACGCUACAAGAGCUCGUCUAGUGCGGGUGUGCUAGAUAUUACGAACAACGCCUCCAUACCGUGGCUAAGAGAGAAAUUGGAAAAGCUAAAGGAGGACUAUCAGGUGGAUAGUUUCUACUUAGACCUGGGUACAAGCUAUAAUUUACCUCAUUACUACCAGUGUCGAACGACACUAGAUAACCCCGAUAUGUAUUCCAAAAUAUUUACCAGCAGCAUGGAAAGCGUCGGCUUUAUUGGUGUCUCCAGCGCCAGUGCCGUGCCAAAACCUCCAACAUUCCUCAGCACACCACCGAUAAAUUCAUCAUGGGAGGGCUUACGCGAAUUACUAACUGUCGUCCUGAACAACGGUAUCAAUGGUUAUCCAUUUGUAUUACCAGGUGCUAUUGGCGGUGAUUAUUAUGUUAAUCGAACACUAAAAAAAAUGGUUUCUUUCUAUUCGCUGGGUCAGCCAGAACUUCCCGAACCAGAUCUAUUUACACGCUGGAUGCAAUUGAUGAUAUUCAUGCCAUCCAUGCAAUUCAGUCACUUACCAUCCGAAUAUAGAAGUGAUUACAUAACGGAUCAGGCUAAGGAUUUAAUGACAAUAAGACAGAAAAUAGUGAUACCGUUGUUAAAGAAAUAUUUGAGUGAGUCAAUGAAUGAGGGCCUACCAUUGGUGCGUCCUUUGUGGAUGCUGGAUCCUCAUGAUCCGGCAUGUCUGGUUGUUAAUGAUGAAUUUUCGGUGGGAGAGGAAUUGAUUGUGGCGCCAAUUUUAGAAAAAAAUUCAGAUGAGCGUGAGGUUUACUUACCCCAGGGUGUGUGGAAGGAUGGGAUCGAUGGCUCGCUGCGAAAAGGUAGCCGCUGGAUGCACAAUUACAGAGUGCCAAAGGAUAAAAUUGCACAUUUCAUUAAAAUGCCGGACAAUACAAGAUUUUAGUACUAAAAAUUGACAAAAAUAUUUACAUAUACUCCGAUUUAAUUCCAAAAGCUUAGCUUUAUACGUUGUUAUAUUAUAUUAACAAAUUACCAGUAGAUACACUUAUUAAUAGUAAAUCGAGCAGAAAUGUAUAAACAAUUAGGGUAAAUUUUGCAACGAGAAAGCGCAAUUUUCUGUUUCUUUCUGUUACUGGCUAAUUCUUACUGACAAUUCUUACCGAACAGCGAGCUCCACAUGGGUCAUACCAGUGAUAAUAAACAGAUAAUUUUUAUAUUGUUUUAAUUGGCAAUUUACACUAAAAUGCAUAUUUUUUGCUUUCAUUGCUUUAUUGUGCUCAAGGUUUAUUUAAUAAUAAAAUUGUGGACCUGGCGUACUUCGUCUCUCCGCGACACCAUGCCUUUGGCUUAACCCUAGAAUGAUAAUAAAACAUUGAGCCCACAAUUUAAAUUAA